CUGUCACGCAGGCGCGUUCGCGCGGCGUAGGUCGGGGCGGGCGAGGGCGCUGCCGCCAUUUUGUGGGCUGUUUGUCGCAGCGGCUGGAAAGGGAAGACGGGGUUGUGGCGACAUUUCUCGGCCAGAGGACCUUUUGCUUUUGCCAAGAUGCGGCACUCCAAACGAACUCACUGCCCUGAUUGGGACAGCAGAGAAAGCUGGGGACACGAAAGCUACCAUGGAAGUCACAAACGGAAGAGGAGAUCUCACAGUAGCACACAGGAAAAUAGGCGUUGUAAACCACAUCAUCAAUUUAAAGAAUCUGAUUGUCAUUAUUUAGAAGCAAGGUCCUUGAAUGAGAGAGAUUAUCGGGACCGGAGAUACAUUGAUGAGUACAGAAAUGAGUACUGCGAAGGCUAUGUUCCUAGGCAUUAUCACAGAGAUGCUGGGAGCAGUUACCGCAUUCACUGCAGUAAAUCUUCAGUCCGAAGCAGGAGAAGCAGUCUCAAAAGGAAGCAUAAUAGACACUGUGCCAGUCAGCAGUCGCAUUCGAAGAGCCACCGAAGGAAAAGAUCCAGGAGUAUAGAGGAUGAUGAGGAGGGUCACCUGAUCUGUCAAAGUGGAGACGUUCUGAGAGCAAGAUAUGAAAUCGUGGACACGUUGGGUGAAGGGGCCUUUGGCAAAGUCGUGGAGUGCAUUGAUCAUGGCAUGGAUGGUAUGCAUGUAGCUGUGAAAAUUGUAAAAAAUGUAGGUCGUUACCGUGAAGCUGCUCGGUCAGAAAUCCAAGUAUUGGAGCAUUUAAAUAGUACUGAUCCCAAUAGUGUAUUCCGAUGUGUCCAGAUGCUAGAAUGGUUUGAUCAUCAUGGCCAUGUGUGUAUUGUGUUUGAACUGCUGGGCCUCAGUACCUACGAUUUCAUUAAAGAAAACAGCUUUCUGCCAUUUCAGAUAGACCACAUCAGGCAGAUGGCCUAUCAGAUCUGCCAGUCAAUCAAUUUUUUGCAUCAUAAUAAAUUGACUCAUACAGAUCUGAAGCCUGAAAAUAUUUUAUUUGUGAAGUCUGACUAUGUAGUCAAAUACAAUUCUAAAAUGAAACGCGAUGAACGCACACUGAAAAACACAGAUAUCAAAGUUGUUGACUUUGGAAGUGCAACAUAUGAUGAUGAACAUCACAGUACCUUGGUAUCCACACGGCAUUACAGAGCUCCAGAGGUCAUUUUGGCUCUAGGUUGGUCUCAGCCUUGUGAUGUGUGGAGCAUCGGUUGCAUUCUUAUUGAAUAUUACCUUGGAUUCACAGUCUUUCAGACUCACGAUAGUAAAGAGCAUUUGGCGAUGAUGGAACGGAUAUUAGGACCCAUCCCAGCCCACAUGAUUCAGAAAACAAGAAAACGCAAGUAUUUUCACCAUAACCAGCUAGAUUGGGAUGAACACAGUUCUGCUGGUAGAUAUGUCAGGAGACGCUGCAAACCGUUAAAGGAGUUUAUGCUUUGCCAUGAUGAAGAACAUGAGAAACUGUUUGACCUGGUUCGAAGAAUGUUGGAGUAUGAUCCAACCAAAAGAAUUACCUUGGAUGAAGCGUUGCAGCACCCUUUCUUUGACUUAUUAAAAAAGCAAUGAACUGGGGGUCAGUGGUCUGAUACGUGCUUCUCCAGGAGAGAUUACUGCAGACUGUGUCAGUCAGCUCAACAUUCUGAUAUUUUUGUAAACAUUAAAUUAUUUUGUACAGUUAAAUAUAAAUAAUGUAUGUUUUGUAUCAAUAACGAUUAUCUACGUAUGGUCUUGAUAAUGAAAUAUGGAAGUUAAAAUUAAUUUCCCUUUCUGAGAUGAAUUACCAUCUUCAGAGACCUUUGGUAAAAGCUUGGAGUCUAGUGA